AUGGACUCUGCCGAGCCGGAACAGACUGCCUUCUCGUCAGUCACAGCCCACACCUCGAAGCUGCAAAGACAAUACCAGGCGCUUCUCGAUCAGUCAACCCCCUUCGUGCUUUACAGAUGGAUCGCCACGGGCGUCUGCCUCCUGGGCUUCUUCGCUCGCAUCUUCGUGGCGCAGGGCUGGUACAUUGUCGCCUACGCUCUCGGAAUCUACCUGCUCAACUUGUUCCUGGCCUUCUUGCAACCCAAGUUUGACCCCUCCAACGAGGCUAUGGACACUGAGAUGGAGGACGGUGGCGUCGGCAUUCUCCCCACCAAGCAGGACGAGGAGUUCAAGCCCUUCAUUCGCCGCCUCCCCGAGUUCAAGUUCUGGUACUGGGCCACCCGUGCCAUCGCCAUCGCCUUCUUCUGCAGUUGGUGGGAGAUCUUCAAUGUCCCCGUCUUCUGGCCCGUCCUGGUCAUGUACUGGUUCAUCCUCUUCUUCCUGACGAUGCGCAAGCAGAUUCAGCACAUGAUCAAGUACCGCUACGUUCCCUUCACCUUUGGCAAGAAGAACUACGCCAAGAACAGCUCCUAG